AUGUCGAAAGAGUACGAAGGUCAAGACCCAAUGGAGAUCGCGAGGCAAGCCGAGCGAGACCUCAACUCGAACGCUGCAAAGACGGGAACAAGUGGUAGCGAUAGCACCAACGAUUCCGGCAUCGACGAAGCUGGUGCCGCAAGAUUUGCAGGCGGCUCAGUGACAACGGGUUCAACAGGCGCAAGCAACAAUCGUGCAAUUCCAGAGGACGAGGGAGGCUCUAUCAACCCCAGCACUGGCCGUCCCUUCAAGGCCAGCGAUUACGAGGGUCUCGGCGGUCCAGAGGACAAGGCACAAGCGUACGCUGAGGCAGCGGGCGGCAACAACGAUGUGAGAGGAAACAUUCGUCAGCAGGGCGAGAGUGCUGCGCUUAAUGACAAUGCGAGGGAUGGUCCUUCAGGCCAGCCUGUCUCUGAGCACGGUCCAGUGAGUACUUGA